GGACAUGGUCCACCUGUGCAAGCAUCAAACUCAGCACGCUUUUCGAAGAAUAUGAACUAGUACCCAAGCCCCUGGUGAAGAGACUUCCUCGCUGUCUUGUGAUCUCUUGGAAGUACUUGAAUCAGUCAUGGCAGACUUUGCAGCAGUUUUUAGCCAUAUUGAUGCACAUAUUGAUGAUUAUGUAAAGAAACUUGGUGACUGGGUUGCAAUAAAAAGUGUUUCUGCAUGGGCUGAGACUCGUCAGGAUGUAUUUCGCAUGAUCCAACAUGUAGCAAAGGAGCUGGAAACACUUGGAGCACAAGUUGAACUUGCUGAGAACCCUCUUGGUAAGCAGAAGAUGCCUGAUGGCAGUGAGAUACCUUUGCCUCCAAUACUGUUGGCAACACUUGGUAAUAACCCUGCUAAACAUACGAUUUGUGUGUAUGGCCAUCUAGACGUCCAGCCAGCAAAAUUGGACGAUGGUUGGGACACAGAGCCUUUUACUCUCGUUGAGAAAGAUGGGAAACUUUUUGGGAGAGGAUCAACCGACGAUAAGGGCCCGGUUCUUGCAUGGCUCAAUGUGCUCGAGGCUUACAAGAAAUUAGGCAGAGAGGUCCCCGUGAAUUUGAAGAUAUGUUUUGAGGGUAUGGAGGAAAGCGGUAGUGAAGGUCUAGAAGAACUCAUAAUGGCAAGAAAGGACACUUUCUUCAAAGAUGUCGAUUUUAUUUGCAUCUCUGACAAUUACUGGCUUGGAAAGCAGAAGCCAUGCAUUACAUAUGGUCUGCGGGGAGUCUGUUAUUUUUUUGCUGAAAUUACCUGUGCCAAGCAAGAUUUACACUCUGGAGUUUUCGGUGGUUGUGUGCACGAGGCCAUGACGGAUUUGGUGAAUGUUUUUGCAAGUCUUGUUGAUAACCAAGGCAGAAUCAAGAUCGCUGGCAUCAACGACUCAGUCAAAGAGCUGACGGACGAGGAGAGAGCUAUGUACAAGACUAUCCAGUUUGAUCUGGAAGAAUGCCGGGAUGAUCUUGGGGCAAAGAAGCUGAUUCACGAGGGACUUGAUGAUGGAAAGGAGAAGACCCUGAUGCAUCGCUGGAGAUACCCCUCACUGUCCCUCCAUGGUAUUGAGGGAGCCUUUGAUGCUCCUGGAGCAAAAACUGUAAUACCGAAACGAGUGAUUGGAAAAUUUUCAAUAAGAAUUGUUCCGAAUCAAACUCCUGAAGAAAUUGAGAAGUUGGUUAAAAAGCACUGCGAAAGUGUGCACAAAGAUAGUGGAAGCCCCAAUCAGCUGAAAGUAACAAUGGGGCAUGGUGGCAAACCUUGGAUGAGUGAUCCCAACCAUCCACAUUAUGUUGCUGGGCGAAAUGCAACCAAGCUAGUGCACAACGUGGAACCAGAUAUGACUCGUGAAGGAGGAAGCAUUCCAGUGACCCUGGUUUUCCAAGAAGCAACUGGAAAAAAUGUCAUGCUAUUACCAAUGGGGUGUGCAGAUGACGGUGCACAUUCACAAAACGAGAAGAUCAACAAGUCAAACUUUCUAAACGGGACGAAGUUGCUUGCUGCAUACCUGGAAGAGGUGGCAAAGAUCAAGAAGUAGAAGUCGAAAUGACCAGAACUCUGUUGAAAAAUUCUGGUAAAGUAAACAAUUUAUAAAAGAAUCGUUAGAAAAGUUAAAAAUUUAAAGAAUAAAAUGUUACAAUCUUGAAAUUUGUCUGUCUUCUGGUAUAAUAUAUGAAAUUUAGAAUUUUCUAUUAAAAUUUAUCAAUCUUUCAAAAUCUA